AUGGUCAUUGAUGUCCUUCACCCCAGGAAGGCAAUAGUACCUAAGACAGAAAUUCAGGAAAAACUAGCCAAAAUGGACAAGACCACAGAGGAUGAUGUCCUCUUUGUAUUCAUAUUCAGAAUUCAUUUUGGUGGUGUCAAGACGACUGGUUUUGGCACGAUUUACAAAUCUUCAGAUUAUGCAAAGAAAAAUGAACCCAAACAUAGACUUGCAAGACACAGCCCAUGUGAGACGAAAAAGACCUCAAGGAAACAGCAAGUGGAAUGA